AUGCCCCUACAUAAAUUGGCGACUUCACUGGGGAUUAGGCCAUUAUGUUCAUCAGUGCCUCUAAAAAAGAAGGCCAGAAGGAACAACAUGACCUCCCAAGACGGGCCAAACCAUGGUGACUCGGAAUCAAGGCAAAAUGCCUCAUAUAGAGAAGAAGAACGUGCAAGUGAGGGAGCUUUCACCCUCACAGACCUUGUUGCAGCCAUCCAUGCUAUGAGAGACACUCAAAGGGAAAUGGCAGAAACGAUUAAGGAGCUAAAAAGCUCAGUUGCUAAGCCAAGCGAAGAAAACAAGAGACUUCCACAAGAGGAGUCUGCUGCUGCCAGAAAGGGGUCUGAACAAAAGGGACCAUCUUUUGUCACCCAAGAAGAUGUCAUUGCAAUGCUGGAAAAAGAACUAAGUUGA